GCGGAGCGGCGUCGUGCGCCUUCGCGCCGGGGGCGGGGCGGGGCCGCAGACGCGCCCCUUCGGCGCCUGGGCGUCGCCGAUCACGGCGGAGUCGAUCACCGCCGCCACCGUGGGCCUGGGCUCGCUGAAGUGCGCUCCAGACGGCACGCUCUACUGGCUGGAGGGCCGCCCCCAGGAGGGCGGGCGGCAGGUGGUCUGCCGCCGAGCCACGGCUCAGGAGGUCGACGGGGGCCAGGCCUCCGAGCGGGGCGGCGUGGAAGCCACGCCCCCGGGCAGCAACGCCCGCACGCGCGUGCACGAGUAUGGUGGUGCCGCCUACCUUCUCGGGCCCGAGGGUGAUGGUGUGAUCUACAGCGACUUCGCAGAUCAGCGUGUGCGCUGGGCAAGGGCUGAUGGCAGCGUACUGGAGCUCACGCCAAAGAGCGCCUACGAGGAGGAUGUCCGCUACCGCUUCGCGGACGCCGUUGUCGAUGCAGCCAGGAGUCGCCUGAUUUGCGUCCGCGAGGACCACACGGACCCAAAGCCUGCCAGCGUUGUGAACACCAUCUGCUCUCUGGCACUCGACGGCACCGGCCGCAUGGACGUUCUUGUCAGCGGUCGGGACUUCUACGCGGCGCCCCGCCUGAGUCCAGACGGGGCCCGUCUCGCUUAUGUCUGCUGGGAUCACCCGAACAUGCCUUGGGAUGCCACGGAGCUGGAGGUGGCGAGCCUGGAUGCGGGCGGCAGCGUCUCUGCGACGGAGGCCGUCUGUGGGGCAGAGGCACCGACGUCCGUCCUGCAGCCAGCGUGGUCACCCGACGGAGUGCUGCAUUACAUGGCCGACUCGAGCGGCUUCUGGAAUCUGUACAGCCACGCGGAUGGCAAGAGCACGAACCUGUGCCCCAAGGAUGCGGAGUUCUCCGGCGCUGCUCCUGGGUGGGCCCUCGGCGGCCAGAACUACGCCUUCCUUCCCGGCGGCCGCGUGGUGACCAGCUACCAGGACCAGAGCCAGGGCUCGACCCGGCUGGUCAUCGUGGGCCCUGCCAAGGGCGGCGGCUUCUUCGGCCUCUUCGGUGGGGGGCCGGAGCUCCGAGAGUUCGGGCAGGAGUGCCUGCCCCGCAGCGUGGGGGGCCUGUGCCCGAGCCCGGACGGAUCCACUCUCUACUGCCUCGGCGCGAACGCGGACACGCCCGUGAGCAUCUACGCGUGGGGGAUCCCCCAGGACGGCAGCCCAGCGGCGCCGGCGAGGCAGAUCGCGUGCUCCGUGGGCGCCGACAGGCUCAUCGAGAAUGACCUCAUCAGCGACCCGCGGCUCCUGAGGUUCCCAACGGCGCAGGGCGACAAGGCCUUCGGGUACUACUACCCGCCGAGGAACGCGGCGUUCCAGGCCCCUGCCGGCACGAAGCCGCCGCUCCUGGUCAAGGUGCACGGGGGGCCCACCGCGUGCACGGGCGUGGCGCUGAACCCGGGCAUCCAGUUCUGGACCAGCAGGGGCUUCGCCAUCCUCGACGUGGACUACCGGGGCAGCACGGGCUACGGCCGCGCCUACAGGGAGAAGCUCAAGGGCAACUGGGGCGUGUGCGACGUGGAGGACGUGUGCGCGGGCGCGAAGCACCUCGUCGACCAGGGCCUGGCCGACCCGGACCAGCUCUGCAUCGACGGUGGCUCCGCGGGCGGCUUCACGACCCUGGCAGCCCUGACUUUCAAGGACGUGUUCACCGCGGGCUGCUCCCUGUACGGCGUCGGCGACCUCGCCGCGCUCGCGGGCGACACGCACAAGUUCGAGAGCCGCUACCUGGACGGCCUCGUGGGCCGCUACCCCGAGGACAAGGAGAUCUACGAGCAGCGGGCUCCGAUCCAGCACGUGGAGAGGCUCAGCUGCCCGAUCCUGCUGCUGCAGGGGGCGGAGGACAAGAUCGUCCCCCCGAACCAGGCCGAGACGAUGUUCGAGGCCGUGAAGGCGCAGGGCAUCCCCUGCUGCCUGAAGGUCUACCCGGGCGAGCAGCACGGCUUCCGCCGCAGCGAGAACAUCGAGGACUCGCUGAACUCGGAGUUGGCCUUCUACGCGCGGGUGUUUGGCUUUGAGGCGGCGGGGGUGCUGCCCGACCUCAAGAUCGCCAACCUGGCCACGGAGCGCCCCGUGGGCGAGACGCCCUCCGCGGGCGCAGAGACCCCGCGGCCCUCGGGUGAUGUGCGGGAUCUCCUGCUGGGCCGGUGA